UUUUCUUUCUUUUUUUUUUUUUUUCUUUUACCUCCAGGCAAACCCAGGAGCUGGGUUCUGAACCCAAGCGCCUGGGUUCAUCGUGGGUUCCUGGGUUCACGACAAACCCUGGAGCUUGGGUUCGUCUUAUCUUCUUCUCCAUCCUUUCCUUUCUCCGUUUUUUUUUUUUUUUCUUUUUCCUCCAGACAAACCCAGGAGCUGGGUUCUGAACCCAAGCACCUGGGUUCAUCGUGGGUUCCUGGGUUCACAAUGAACCCAAGUGCCUGGGUUCGUCGCGAACCCAGGCUUCUGGGUUCGUCGUGGGUUCCUAGGUUCACGAUGAACCCAAGUGCCUGGGUUUGUCGUGAACCCACAAGUUGGGUUCAUCGUGAACUUAGUCUCUUGGGUUCGUCGUGGGUUCUUGGGGAGAAUCUGCAAACCUCCGCUUCAUGCCAAAAUGCAUCUGCUAUAUAUACAACCACAUGGCGAUGGAAUUAAACAAAAUUCUGGAUAAUCGCAUCGAUGAUUACACGGGGAUGCCAUUUGUGACCUCAAGUUCUGGGGAUUGUGGUUUCUUGAAGAACAUAAUGAUGCUGUUUUACGAAACGAUAAGGAAGGAAGUGGAGGAUAGUCAAAACAAAACUGGGUCGCAUUUUGCUUGGAGUAACUACGAUGACAUUAAUGAGUAUUUCUUGAGCAAAAGGUGUUUCAGGAGCCUGAAGUGGCCAAUCGACAUGCGGAGCAACUUUCUCUAUAUAGCUAACAAGAACAAUAGAGUGGGAAAGAUGGGGUUUGUGGACUAAAGGUCGUUUUGGAAUGUGUUUCGGAGCUUCGACAGGCUAUGGGUUUUGUUGAUUUUGUUUUUGCAGGCAAUGAUAAUUGUUGCUUGGGAGGAGACGUAGUCUAGAUGGAAAGCACUAAAGAGAAGAGAGGUGC